AUGUCGACUGCAGAAAAGUCAGCAAAUCAAAGCAUCAAGACCUUUCGAGAGAGUAUUCUUGACAUUCAGCCCAAGCUCAUAUUGGCAGAGGCAACCAGAUGUAACAUUGCUCAGGGCAAAGUGAAAUACGACCAAUUCCUGCGCGGUCUAAGCAGCAGUGUGACCAAUCCGGUCCUUGAUUCUUUGGCCAGUGUAAAUGGCCUCCCACGCAGUGCCUUCCUUUAUCGUUUCGCGGCCGUCAGCCCCUUCACCACAUCAAGGAAGUUGGCUAUGGCCUCCUACCUUGAGGGCUUGAUCAGCGUACUUGCAGAGAAGACCGAGGAAGGUAGGGAGGGGUCGAGACCACCGUCCACUUCGUGUGAGAAGUACGACGCGUUGCGGCAGCUUCGAGAGAUAGCCGCCAGCGAUAAUUAUUCGGUUCAAAUGUCCAACUACCUAAAGGCACAUCCCGGCGAAAUUAACCGCAUGAUAAUUCACAUUCUCGACUUCAACCACACAGAAGUGGCCAUUGAAGCUUGUUUCACAAUUGCAUUCCUAGCAAGACGCUUCCAUUUCGAACUCUACGAGGGGAUGGAUUCUCUGAUCGCUGCCCUGGUGCGUACGAUGGCUGUCGGAAUGGUGCCCCUAGAGAGCUACGUGACCCUCUAUCGAGAGGAGGCUGAUCGACACAAGGAUCGCGAAAUGCUCAGCAGUCGACCUCUGCCGUUCUACUUUCAGAGGAUGCGAGUGGAAUUUUCAGAAUGCCAACACAGACUGGUUGGCGUGAUUUACUACACCAUCGCCGACCUCCUAUACAGCCUGCCCUGGCCUAAGUUAAUCCUCUUUUUUGAGUGUCGGGUCUUUCGCCGUAAGGAAAUGACACGCUCCCUCCUCUUCGAAAUUCUCGCCAGCAUCUGCAUGAAUCUUCGCGAGCUGCGCAGUGAAGCCGACCGACUUUCCAAGAUCACUCCUCUGCCUCCAGCCGAAACUGCUGCGGCUGCCCGCCUCUGGGAUGAUCUGCCGGCCAAUAUGUACCUAGAACUUUUAAGAGCCUGUAAUGACAAGAACCCCAAGAACAGCGUACUCAUAGAGGGUAUGAUGUCCAUUCUGCGUGCUUCUGCGCCCGUCAAGCUGCCCAUCUUCGAGGAGGACGCCUUGCGGGUCUUUGAGUACUACUUCCAGGGUACGAACGGAGAUAAGGUCCAGUUUGGGCGUCAGUCUGUUGACCAGCAUGGAAGAAAGACUGUUCGAAAGGACUCCACUGCUCAGGAGGGUGUCGUUCGGGCCAAUCAGGCUUCAGUGCGGAGGUCAGAGAGGAAGAAGAGGUCAGUUGCCAGUCGAGGAUUUGAUACUGCGGCAGAUGGGAAACAGAGAGCACAAAGGAGGGAAGGAGAAGAGGUGGGCUCUGAGGAUGGAGAAGGUGAAAAAGAGGUAGAAUAUGAUUACGACGAAUCGAUCAGCGACGGUAAGGUGGACUUUACAACAACAAGAAAGAGUACCAUUCCGGGUCGCCUUCCUGACAUCUUUCAGAUACACCGGACUUCCAGAUGA